GGGAGCGGGCGCCACAGCCGGGCGGAUCUCGGGCCUGGGAAGAACCGGAACGUCUCUCCCCAGCGUCGGUCAGCGGCUUCCCGGGCUCUGGACUACAUUUCCCAUCGGCCUCUGUGGCGCCCCACCCCCGCCGCUAGCGACCCCUUUCCGUGUCCAGGCUCAUAGCCUCUAUCUAUGGACCCCUUAGAGUUAUAUGGAUGUGAUGAAAAUGGAGUCGUGUGAUUUGCCCAUUGCACCCGCACCCCUUUUAUUGACUCAAGGCAGGGUCCACGAAGUAAUGUCCACCAGGCGUUAGCUCUGCCGUCUCCGGAUUCUGGCUUCCCCAAGAGAGGAGGCAGGAGGAGGACCCGUCAGCCCAUGACAUUCUAAAAGUCAUGUCCCUUGAGUCAGACGUGUUCAGGGAUGUGGCCGUAGUCUUCUCCCAAGAAGAAUGGGAGCGGCUGGGACCUGCUCAGAGGGACUUGUACAGAGACGUGAUGUUGGAGACAUACAGCAACCUGGUCUCACUGGGUCUUGCCGUCUCCAAACCUGACAUGAUCUCCUUCCUGGAGCAAGGCAAGGGGCCCUGGCUGGGGGAGAAAGCAGCAAGAGCAGGCCCGUGCCCGGAAUUGGAGUCCAGGUGUGAUACUAAGGUAUCGUCUCCAAAGCAGCACUUUUAUGAGGUACCGUCACCACAGUGGGAGAUAAUGGGAAGCCUUGCAAGUUACGGUCUUGAGUGUUCGAGGUUCCAAGACGACUGGGAAUGCAGAAGCCACUGUGACAGACACCAGGGGAGUCCGGAUGGACAUCUGAGUCCAGCGAUAAUCAGUGAUGAGGAAAUGUCUGCUUUCAGCCAGCCAGCAUCGUCAUUCCCUUUUUAUCAGAAAAUUCAUACUGGAGAAAAGCCCUAUGGAUAUGAUGACUGUGGGAAAGAUUUCUGGCAGGAAGGCUUCCUUAUUAAUCAUCAAGGAAUCCAUACUAAUGAGAAGCCCUAUAAAUGUAAGGAGUGUGGCAAGGCCUUUAAAUACGGCUCACGACUAAUUCAGCAUGAGAAUAUUCACUCUGGCAAGAAGCCCUAUGAGUGUAAUGAAUGUGGUAAGGCUUUCAAUUCUGGUUCAAAUUUCAUACAACAUCAGAGAGUUCACACUGGUGAGAAACCUUAUGAAUGUAAGGAUUGUGCAAAGGCCUUCAGUCGAAGCUCACAGUUGAUCGAACAUCAGCGAAUUCAUACUGGUGAGAAACCCUAUCAGUGUAAGGAAUGUGGCAAGGCCUUUAAUAGGAUCUCACAUCUUAAAGUACAUUACAGAAUUCAUACUGGUGAGAAGCCCUACGCGUGCAAGGAAUGUGGGAAGACCUUUAGUCAUCGGUCUCAGUUGAUCCAACAUCAGACUAUUCAUACAGGCAAGAAACUCUAUGAAUGUAAGGAAUGUGGGAAGGCCUUUAAUCAAGGCUCAACUCUUAUUCGUCAUCAGAGAAUCCAUACUGGUGAGAAGCCCUAUGAAUGCCAGGCAUGUGGGAAGGCCUUUAGGGUGAGCUCGCAACUUAAGCAACAUCAGAGAAUUCACACUGGAGAGAAGCCCUACCAGUGUAGGGUAUGCCGUAGGGCUUUCAAACGCGUCUCCCAUCUCACCGUACAUUACAGAAUUCAUACUGGUGAGAAGCCCUAUGAAUGUAAGAAAUGUGGGAAGGCCUUCGGUCAUUGCUCACAACUGAUCCAACAUCAGGUCAUUCAUGCUGAGGAAAAGCCCUGUGAGUAUAAGGAAUGUGGGAGGACUAUGCACCAUGAUUCAGCGACGGCUCAGCAUCAGAGAAUGCAUAAUAGAGAAACCCAAGUGAAUAUAAUAAACGUAGAAAAGCCUUCCAUCAGCACGUACCCUUUACUGAUCAUCAGAGAAUUCAUGUUAGCAAGCAGCCAUAUGAAUGGAAGCAAUGGGGAGAGCCCAUUAGCAUAGGCGUCACAACUUACUCCUCAUUUUUUGGAGAAAGACUUGAAGAAUGUAAUACAGAGGAGAAUGCCUUCGUUCAAGCCAUCCUUUAUCCUGAAUCAUAAGAUUUGUAGUGAAGAACAAAUUUAUGGAUAUAAACUGUUUAGACCAUGAUUCUCAAAGAAGCAAGGGAAGGUUGGAAAAAGUCUUGUCUGUAACACAUUCUGGAAUCACAUUCUCUCUCUCUCUCUCUCUCUCUCUUUAGAGCGAGUUGGGGAGGGGCAGAGGGAUUCAG